GACGAUAGCAGCAGCAUUCCUAGUGAAGGUGGUACUUCCCUAGCUGAACCUGGUGGCGAUAACCUAGUCGCCCAGAUCAUCGCCAACCAGGCAUCGAACAUCCGACAUGCUGCUAUCAAGGUUGCUCGCCACAAGAAUCCCUUUGAAUCACAGGAAGACGAGGAUGCCUUCUGGGUAACCUUGGACAGCGUCACUGACACUGGCUUUGUUCCUCGGCACAUGAACAUUCGCGAAGAGGAGUGGGAACAGGAUGGGUAUCCAACGCACGAGAAUCUUGUUGUUGGGAAGAGAAAGCCACCUCUUCGGGUUGAGCUGCCUCACGAGCUGUGGUUGCCCCGAGCCGAGGCAUGGUGUAGGGCUGUUUGGGUUCUAACCCAAAUCCUC